AUGAUACGCGAUGACGGUAUAUUCCCUCACACGCCGGGCUCCGUCAAAGUCCUCUGGGCGGAUGAAGAUGCCAAAGCGAACACCACGGAUUGGGAUUGGGUGGGACGUGCGCUUGAAGACUUCUUACACGACCACGAUCUCAUGUUUGAUCUCCUGCUCCUCUCCGGCGCCCAGGUCAAGGAUAGCAAUUUCCAACAAAUCAUCCGAGAUAGGUUCAAAGACAACGAGAAAAUCGUACCUCAGGACUACUUCCGAGGGUCGAAGGAUCACUUGUUUGCCGCGUCGAGGGGAGCUGCGGAGCUUGCUAGGGUCCGCUUGUGUACGGGUGAUGAUGCAUUCAUGCCUAACUCGUGGUGCCCAAUCAGUGAGCAUUGUAGGAAAUGGGCAUGGUAUUCGGAUGACGAUGCUCCCAGGAAGACAGAACUCUAG